AUGUCAGGCUUCUUCGGCUUCGACACUGCUCUCCCAGAGCAUCGCCCCAAUCACGGCCAGCAACAGUUCCCCCCCCAACAGUCCAAGUUCCAGCCCUCCAAUGUAAACGCCUUCAACAACACCGGCUUGCCCGAUGAAGAUGAGAUGGAAGUGUACACCUGGGGUCAGGGUGCUGGACAGGAGCCCGAGGAGGCGGAUGAGAGUAACGAUGCUACUUUCGGGGCUGAAAUCGGUACCAUCAAGAACACCGCCUACUUUAACUUUGGCCAUGAAGAGCCCUCUUCUUCUUACGGAGCACCAAAGCAGCAAUCUACUCGGGGCCCUGUGGCGUCUACUGCCUCACGAUAUAGGCCCAAGGCCGCAGCGGACCCCUUUGCUUUCUCGGAGGACGAUUUCUACUCGUCUCGAUCUCCUGCUAGGACCAAGCCCAAGCCCCAGACCUCUCAAUCUGCGCUCACAAAGCCCGCGGGUCAGACCACAUCUUGGGGUACCGCCCCUUCGGCUGCUGUGAAACCCUCUCCUGCCCAUCACGCUUCGCAACCCGCUCCGGCUGGGCAGAUCAAGACCCUCGAAGAGAUAGAAGCCGAAUUCGCCUCCAUGUCUGCCCCGAGCGCCCAAGUUCAGGCUCAAGCCCCUACUCAGCCCCAGGCGCCUGUCCAGCAGCAGAUCCUCACUUUGGAGGAACUCGAGCAGCAGAUGAUGGAGGAGAUUCCCGGCCAGGCCCCUCCCCAGCACCAACAACAGGCUCAAUAUCAGGCUCAGCCUCAAUACCAAGGCACACCUCAACAGGCGCCGGCUCAGUAUCAGGCGCAGCAUCAACAGCAGGCUCAGGCUCAACAAAUUCAGCAACAGCCUGCUCCUGUACGAGAGGUGACUCCCAACCAGGUGCCGGGACUUGCUUCUUCUGGUUACGGCUCUCAGCAAGCUCUCCUCGAUAGCAUGUUCCCAGAGCUCGGCCAGGGACCCUCUCCCGCCCCUGCUGGGCAACCUGAUCAGUCUGCUACCCAGGCUCCCGGCCCUUCCCCUGAGGAGCUCGCUCGCCAAGAGCAUUUCCGUCAGAUCUUUGAAAGCAAGGUCCAAGCCAUGUCCAAGCACAACAACAUCAUGGGCAAUUCUGACAAGGACUUUAUCACCCGAAUGCAGCUUGCCCAGCUUGCCUCCAACGCUCCUUUUGUCUCUGAUUUCUACGCCCAAGUUUUCUCCGCCAUGGAGAGCAGCCGACGGGCUCAUGAAAGCGGGCAAUUGGACAGGCCUACAGUGGUACAGAUUGCUGCUGGGUUUGGGCUCGGUGUUGGCGGACCCCAGGGCAACAGGUUUGGUAAAAUGGGGCAGAACACGAUGCAAAAGCUGUCGGUGCAGGUAAAGAAGCUGGUGGAGAGCAGGGCUCAGCAUCAGAAGGCUGCUAGCAACUCUGCUGCUCUUCAAGGUGCGCUUGGUCGAGUGACCCGAGGUGGUGCCGCCGCUCCCCGUCCCGUCCUCGCCGUCCCCACCCACGUCAAAUCCGACCACCGCCCCGUCUCCCACCUCAACGAGCAGACAAACAUCAAACGCGACCCUCUUACCCGCAAGCAGAUCAUGUACGCUCUCGAAGGCCUCUAUGCCGACGUGCUUGAGAUUGAGCAGCUGCGCCGAGACCCGCCACCUGUGACUUCUGCGCACGAUGUCGAACUCUGGAGUGCAAAGUGCAAGGAGAAGGAAGAGUUGAUCUGGACAAAGUUGAUGGUACAAGAACCUAUCGAAGUGUCCAACCCGCACCCCUUCAUCUCUUUGGUCAACCCACCCAAGGGUCAGCGAUUACUCCUCCGCAUCAUCCUUCAACUUCCCGACCAAAAGAUCUUUACUCUUCUUUCCCUCUUGCUCGUCAACUUUUACCAGCUUGAUGUCGUCGCUCGUGCGCCGCCACCUCCCGCCGCCGACGCCAGUCUGUUGACAAAGGCCGACAAGCUUGAUAGAGCCAAGAGAGAGGCUGAUACGGAUGGCUUCCUGUUCAACAUUGUUCCCGCCAUCGACAUGGCCAUCAACAAGUGCAAACUUGGCCUGAUUGGCGGUUUGCUGGUCACCGCUGUGCAGAGGUUGGAUGUAGUCAAGAUUGCUUCUACAAGGCCCGGUAUCGUACUCUUUACCGCGCUCCUGUCGAAAGCCCAAUCUCUCGUCCGCGCUCCCGUCUCUGACCCCAUGAACCCUAUCGCCGUCCCCCAUCCCGACCCUGCAGAGGUUCAGCAAUGGCCCAGCCUCUUCUCAAUAUUCAUCAACGCUCUCCUCCCCUCUCUUCCCGACCUUUUCCCCUCGUCCAUCGCCGCCAAGCAGGCCUUCGGCCCUUCCGCUUACCUCCUCUCCACUAUGGAACAUCUACCCGACCACGAAGGACUGGAGAUGGAGCGCAGGGAAGCAGAAGCAUGGGGCUUUGCUGCGGCCUUGGCUGUCAAUUCAAACGAAGAGGAGCAGACGGCUUUGGUUGCCGCAUUGAGAGAGAAGAUUUUGCAUACUGUGCAAGGAGCGAGGAGUACGGCGAUCAGCCAGGCGAGGGCGGAUCUGAAGUUGAGGAAUGUCAACAUGUUCUUGAACGGUUUGGGUCUGGAUGCUGCGAUGAUUGAGUAG